UCGGCGAAUUUUAAGUCUCGACAAUUUGAAAUUAAAAAAGAAAACGAGGAUCAUUUUGGCGGUAGGAUCUCUCUCCAACUCAGGGCUGUGGGCUCUCUCUUGGAGAAUUUGGAGGAAUUCCAAAUUUUGAAAAUUGAAUUGGUUGGGAACUACAAAGCGCGCCCUUUUUAAAUUGGGUUGUGUUUGUUUGCUUCUAUUGAAGAAGAAGAAGAUGGGUAGCAAUGGCGGAGGUGCGGCUCCUCCAUUGAUAGGAUUAGGGAGGAGGCAAUCCGAUUUGAGAAAGUCUUUCAACCUUGCUGUUCGUUCUCUUCUCACUACCUGUCCUAAACAGGAAUUCAGCAAAGCAUUUCCAAAUUUUACAAGUGCCGAGCAAGAACGUCUCCACCAGCUUUUCAUUCAGGUCAUUACCUCUUUGCAUGGGAAUGUAGAGGAUGAGUUUAAGUCUUUAUGCCAGGAAACACAGGUAGCGACUGCCCUUGAUACUGUGGAGCAACUUGUGGAAGAACAACAUCUUGACCCUUUGUUUUCAGAUAAGACUAAUAUAAUGGAUGUGGUGCACAAUCUGUCAACAGCAAAGAAGGCUGAGAUCCAGUACUUAAGGGGCCUGCUGGAAAGGGCUGAAGAACAUAAUCACCUCAUCCAAGCUCGGGUUGAGCUACUUAAGAAUAGAAGGCAAGAAGUCUCGAGCACGAAAGAUGUUGAGAAGCACAACUUUUGCAGGUAAGAGGUGGAAUUUUAAGUUAUGGGGAACAUAAAAUGUCUGGCUUUAGUGAUCUGCAAUUGGUGGGCUAAUGUAUCCUCCACAGCACCGACAAGCUGCAUGGAUUGGUUGAUCACACCAACACAUUUGUACUGAGAUGCUAAACCUUUAGUUUGUUUGCUUGAAUAUGUUGUUCUAGUCAGAAUGGAGUAAAGUGCUCAUUGUUGUAUACAUAUUGAGCAUGGAAAGAAGCUUUAAAACAUAGGAUUGGAAGGAUUCUUGUGAACAGAUUGGUAAUGUCUCUUUGAUCUUGUAAAUUUCAACAUCACUGUUUUGCUGAUCUUCCCAAA